UAGAUUUAGAGGCAAGCCUAUGACAAACAUAAUGGGAAACCUACCAGUAGAGCGUGUUAUGCCAGAUUUUCCAUUUGCUACUGUCGGUACUGACUUUGCCGGUCCUUUCCUUAUCACCGACCGAAAAGGAAAGGGAUGUAAAAUUACGAAGUGCUAUCUUUGCAUCUUCAUUUGUUUCAAUUAUAAAUGCAUACACUUGGAGGCGGUUAGUGAACUCUCCAAGGAUGCUUUUAUUUUAGCGCUUAAGCGCUUCAUUGCACGUAGAGGUCUGCCUAAAUUAAUUAGCUGUGAUAAUGGUGGAAAUUUUGUAGCCGCGGCCCGCGAAAUUAAAGAUUUUUUGAACUCGAAAGAGAACACUAAUGCCGUUCUAGAUUUCUCAGCUCAGCAAGGUCUAGAAUUUAAAUUUACACCAGCAUACGCCCCUAAUUUUGGAGGAUACCAUGAGGCUGGGGUCAAGUCAGCCAAAUUUCAUUUGCGUAGGAUAUUAGGGAACGCACAUUUGACCUUUGAAGAGUUGAGCUCACUGUUCGCACAAAUCGAGGCCAUCCUUAACAGCCGUCCCCUCUGCCCUCUCAGUCCUUCCCCUGAUGACCUACAGCCCCUCACACCGGGACACUUUUUGAUUGGCAGGCCACUCACUGCACUGCCCGCACCAACGCUGACGGACUGCAACACCAAUCGCUUGGAUCGCUACCAGCGCCUCGAACAAGUUCGGCAGCACUUCUGGCGUCGCUGGUCCAACGAAUACGUCGGAGAACUGCAGCAACGUACCAAGUGGCGGGUCAGGUGCACGGACCUUAAGACUGACGACAUGGUGCUGCUGAAAGACGACAGCGCCCCCCCUCUCUGCUGGCGCCUCGGCAGAGUGGUCAAGUUGUUCCCGGGAACCGACGGAGUUCCGCGCGUCGCUGACGUGUCUACCUCGCGUGGCGUGGUGCGCCGCGCUCUCAAUCGCAUCUGCCUACUGCCUAUGCCGGUGGCGGACGACAACAAAACUUGAAAGGUUGCAAUACCUUUCAAUGGCCCGGAGGAUGUCUGCGCCCGCAAAGAUAGCCUGUUUUAGUUAGUAUAUAAGAUUCAAAUUUGCAAUGUAUAAAGUUACCAUGAUCUAUGAUAGCGGGCCGAUGCCCCCACCACUUCUCUCGAACAUUCACCUUUGGGCUACCGAGCCACGCGCCUGUGUACAAUUAACUAAUUGUUGUAAUCUAUAUUUGGCAAAUAAGUACGAUUUAAAGAAAUUCGCAUCUUUCAUUUGCAUCCUUUGUUCUCAUCG